UAUUUUAUAAAUAUUUUUUUGUAGUCACAUUCGCCAAAAUGUUCGUGUCUGCGCCUCCGUACGACGCACAUUGGAACGUGGAAUUUAAAGAUGUGCUCAAACCCUUUCCUAAUGGGAAGUUGGCCAAUGCCACCUUUAAGAUCAUGCGCUUCUUGUAUCCACCCUACGCCGUCGGUGUAAUGGACGUCAUCCCCGUGGUGGAUGAUCCCCAACCAAAUUUUGCCGCAAUCUCCCUGGUAUUGGGGACUGCUUUGGUCCUUGGCUUUCUGUGUUAUGCGGCCUACAGACGCAAGUUUUUGGUGAAACACUCGCCGGCCAGCGAAGCUCCGUCGAAGCGGCAGAAGGGAUUCUGGGACCGCUACGGGAUUCCGGACGGACACUGCGAGUCCGAAGAAGACACGGAAGAGGAAAAUGGAAUCACCAGCGAAGAGGAACAGUCACGUCGCAGUUCGAAUUCCGGCCUUUCUAUGCCGACUCCACAAAAUUAAAGCAAAAAC